AAUACCGCUCAGGACUAGACGGGGUUCCGAAACGAGGAAGAAAUCCGGUCCGAUGAAUCCAAUAAUGCACCUUGACUCACUAUAGGCGCGCCACGGAUGAGGCGGGAUGUUGGUGGAAAAGAGUUGGUCUUCAGCUGCUAGCCGGACUGGGUGUCAACAGCGAACUCACCAAUCAAAAGCGCUGGGACAGCCUAGGACCUGCAUCCUUCCUCGUUUCCGGCCCCCGACAGCUAUGGCAGCCCCUAGCUCCUUCGCAACCAGCCUAACACAGUCCCAAGACAUGGAAUUUUCUUCCAUGUACAGACUCAUCAAGCACAGACCUGGACUUGGGUCAAGCCUGUUUCACAGCUUCAAGAUGCCUCAGUUUACUCUUUAUGGCGCACGCAGUUCGACCAACACCGACCACGUCCGCUUGACAUUCGCCGAAGCCAGUCUCACAGACUACGACCUCGUGCUUCUCAACCUGCAAAAGGCAGAACAGAAGGUGGGGAAGCUCCGGUCACUACUAAAGCUCUGGACGCGACAACGCGUGCUCACCAUGCGUGGCUUCUGUCCCCUGAGAACAUGAAGCGACACCCAUGGGGCAAAGUUCCCGUCAUAACCUUCCCCAACGGAUUCACCCUCUACGAGAGCCGCGCCAUCUGUCGCCAUCUCGCCAAGAGGUACUCCCCCUUGUGCCCGCAGAUGGCUUGGGCCAGGGCGAAGCGGCGGCGCUGUUUGACCAAGCCCAGUCAG